AUGAAAUCUUAUGAUGCGACCACGGACCUAGAGGAUCAACUGUUUGCCUUCCUGACAUACAUGCGCCUGCAAACAGCCGCGAACGCGGUUCGAUGCAAGAUCUUCCCAAUGUUCUUGGAAGGGAAGGCGCAUAAGUGGUUCCAGGGGUUGCCUCCUAGGUCAAUUCAGUCAUUCACACAGCUUGCGCGGCUAUUUUCAGCACAGUUCGUCUCAUCGCGAGCCUUCUCCAAGAACACCGCUCAUUUGAUGACGAUCCAUCAGAGCCCUGAGAAGUCCUUACGCGAAUAUAUGAAGCUGUAUACCGAGUUUGUGGAGAAAUCUCCUAAAUCAGUUCGGGAGAUGCUGGACCAAGCUCAUGAGAAGGCUAAUGCUGAGGAAGUCAAUCGACUGAAAAGUGCGCAGGAGAGACUAAGGGACGCUAGGCGCAGAAAGAGUGCCAGUUUGGGUGAAGCACAAUCUAGCCAUGCCCGGAAGAUCACUCUCGACCGCCAACCUAGGAGUGGCCCCUGGUCAGGAACGAGCCGGCCCUUCGAGAAGGAGAGGGCCUGGACCUCCCUCACAGCGCCCAGAGCUCAGGUCCUGGCGGUAAUGGAACGGGAGGGCCUCUCUCGAAAUCCUCCGCAGCUGCUUGGUGAUAGGAGCAGACGAGAUCGGAUUUUAUAUUGCGCAUACCAUCGCGACGCAAGUCAUGAUACCGAGAAUUGUUAUCAUCUAAAAAGGGACAUCGAAGAGCUAAUCAAACGAGGACACUUGAAGCAGUUCAUACAGGAGGGAAGGGCCGACCAGAGGCAAGGGGGCAAUAAGCGGGAGCACGCGAGCUACCCACGCGAUUGA